AGGAAAGGCGUUCCCGUCCGGGCGUAGGCUUGGGUUCCCCAUCCGCCCAGGUCGGGCUGCAGGCUUCCCUGCCCCUUAGGUGGUCCACUCUGCCCCUGCGGCCUGGGCUGCCCUUUGCUUGUCAUCAUCUGGCCCGCAGCUGUCUCGGGCGGGUUCCGAGGGCCUGGCCACGAUCGAGAGGCUGUCCUAUCCCCGCCCCCGGGCCGCCCCUUGCGCAGCACAUCCUGGGGCAGUGGGGCUGAGGGAAACCCGAUCGAGACUCACCUUUCAACUCCCUUUCUUGAGGCCGCGCGCGUCGGCGGCGGGGCCGCAAACUUUAGCGUCUCCUAAGUUGCAGAGGUGCGUGCGGCCUGCGAGGCCUGAGUGCCGAGGGGCUGGAAGCCCCGAGCGCGAGGCGGCGCCCUCCCCGGGGUCGCGGCUGACGUUCAAGUUUGACGGCGCAGGUCCUUUUAAGGGCCCGGCUCUCCGGCAGACGCGCACGUGAGCGGCCUCGGGAAGCUUGCGCGGGUGCACAGUUCCGACCUCUGACUUGACUGGAAACUGAGGCGUAGGAGCGCGCUCCUGCUGCGCAAGCGCAGGAGUACUUGAAACCUGCUGCACUGGAUGCCAUGAGUUGCUAAAAGUGAGCCUGGCUUUUCAGCUGCCUUCGUGUGUUGUGAGGGAGUCCCAAAACCAUGUCGGACCUACUAUUACUGGGCCUGAUUGGAGGCCUGACUCUGCUAUUGCUGCUGACAAUGCUGGCCUUUGCUGGGUACUCAGGACUGCUGACUGGGGUGACAGUGAGUGCAGGAUCGCCCCCCAUCCGCAACAUCACUGUGGCCUACAAAUUCCACGUGGGGCCCUAUGGUGACACUGGACAGCUAUUCACUGAGAGCUGCAGCAUCUCUCCCAAGCUCCGUUCCAUCGCCGUCUGCUAUGACAACCCCCAUUCGGUGCCUCCUGAGAAGUGCCGCUGUGCAGUGGGCAGCAUCCUGAGUGAGGGAGAAGAGUCGCCCUCCCCUGAGCUUAUCCACCUCUAUCAGAAAUUUGGCUUCAAGGUAUUCUCUUUUCCAGCACCCAGCCAUGUGGUGACAGCUACCUUCCCUUAUACUACCCCGCUGUCCAUCUGGUUGGCAGCCCACCGAGUUCAUCCUGCUUUGGACACCUACAUCAAGGAGCGGAAGCUGUGUGCCCACCCUCGACUAGAGAUCUACCAGCAAGACCAGAUCCAUUUCAUAUGCCCCCUGGCACGUCAAGGAGAUUUCUACGUGCCCGAGGUGAAGGAGACAGAGCGGAAAUGCCGGGGGCUUGUGGAACCCAGUGACACCCAGAUGGAUGGCCCAGGUACCAAAGGAGCUGACACAACAAGUGACACAAGUUCUGUAAGCCUGGAGGUGAGCCCCGGCAGCCGAGAGGCUUCAACUAUCACACUAUCUCAUGGAGCAAGCACCCGUGGCUGGGAUGAUGGUGACAACCGCAGCGAGCACAGCUACAGCGAAUCGGGUGCAAGUGGCUCAUCCUUUGAGGAGCUGGACCUGGAGGGCGAGGGGCCCUUGGGGGAACCACAACUGGGCCCUGAAGCCAAGCUUCUGGGGGCUGCUCGGGAGCCUAGCACCCCUGAGAGGGGUGAGGAGUAAUCAUAGCCUUCACCCUUUCAUGGUGCAUUUGUUAAGGAACUGAGCAAACUCUCCAGCUCUCAUUUUCCUUCACCUCCCCAGCCUGGGCUGGGAAUACCAGGGGUCUGACUUCUACCCCAAGCCUCUAGCUAAACCUUCUCACUGCCCUUUUGGCUCCCAGGGCCAAAGGAGCUAGAGACUGUUAUCUGCACCAGCCUUCUAGGCUGCCAACUUUUUUCAAACUCAUAUUGGAGCUUCCAGAACUCAGAAUAAAGUGAAUUACUUUCUUGUUUCACCUGGA